AUGGAGAUCCGAAUGAAGCUUGACGAGGAAUUUGGAGCGGACCGGGUGAUCCAUAUCGAAACAGACGAUGAAGAGAAUGAGGCUGAAACCGCUCACGGCGAAGAUGAGGAUAACGACGACACAGAAUCCGAAGAUCAUGGCGUCCAUCGCAGAAAUCCCUCCGACAACGACAACUUCCUCGACUCCGUUUAUCCUCAUUGGCCUCAAAGUUACAGGCAGUCCAUGGACAUGUACACAACAGUAGCCUCUCCAUCUGUAAGCAUCUUGAGGGGCAGCUCCUACUUAACUUUAGCAUACAGGAGGCCUCAAUCCCCUUUACUUCAAUCUCCUCUGAAUAAACCUCUCCUCGCGGAUACAAGUUGUUUAAACGACGAGGAAGUGCCAACAUCAACGCUUCCUGCAAAGAUAUCACCUACCACUUCAGUAUCGCACGUCUCUGUUCCUGAAUUGCCGCCACAACAGGAGUGUUCAUACACUCAGGCACUUAUCAAUUCAAUAAAUGUGUUGUGUGGUAUUGGAAUUCUUGCUACUCCUUUCGCUGUUAAAGAGGGUGGUUGGCUUAGCCUCUUUCUGUUCCUUCUUUAUGGAAUCAUUACUUGUUAUACCGGGAUUUUGUUGAAGAGGUGCUUAGAAAGCUCGCCAGGGCUUCAAACUUACCCAGAUAUCGGGCAGGCUGCUUUUGGCAUGGGUGGUAGAGUACUUGUAGCAAUAAUCUUGUAUCUUGAGCUAUAUUCUUCUUGCAUUGAAUUCUUGAUCAUGAUGGGAGAUAACUUAGCAGCCCUCUUCCCCAGCAUUCACAUGGAAUUUGCUGGCUUUUAUCUCAACUCUUAUCAAACCUCUGCUAUUAUCUCUACUCUCGUGAUACUUCCAACAGUUAUGCUGCGAAACCUCAGUUUGCUAUCAUACAUCUCAGCCGGAGGUGUGGUUGCGUUUAUUCUGGUGAUUAUUUGCUUGUUAUGGGUUGCGGUGACAAAUGACUUUGUAUUCAAUCCAAGUGGAACGGUUUUGAACUUUGCAAAGUUGCCUGUCACAAUUGGUAUAUACAGUUUUUGCUUUGGUGGCCAUUCAGUAUUUCCAAGUAUCUAUUCCUCCAUGAAAGAACCUUCAAGGUUCCCAUCUCUUAUUAUGUUAAGCUUUUUGCUCGCCUUCGUUUCAUUUGGUGGAAUAGCAAUAUUCGGGUUCUUAAUGUUUGGUGAAGCUACAAAAUCACAGUUCACUUUGAACUUACCAGAGGCACAUUUAGCUUCAAAAGUUGCAAAAUGGACAGUGUUUAUAACUCCUCUCACGAAAUAUGCCUUGACGAUUACUCCUGUCGCAUUAAGCAUAGAAGAAUUCUUACCUUCUAAUCAGCAUAGGUCACAUGCCGUUUCUAUACUCAUCAGAACGAUUUUAGUGAUUUCUACAUUGAUCAUCUCACUGUUGAUUCCAUACUUUGGUUCUGUAACCGCUUUAAUUGGAUCUGGAUUAGUAAUGCUUGUGUCGCUUAUCCUUCCCUGUGCAUGCUACAUCAGAAUUAAAAGAGACAGAAUAACAAAGUUUGAGAUUGCAGCAUGUACUUGCAUUAUACUCCUGGGACUGGUAUCUUCAAUUGUGGGCACAUAUUCAGCGCUUCAAAGUAUGCAUGUCUGA